AUGUCAGAAAAGCCCAAAGUGCGACGAAGAGAGGGCAAGUUUGUGCGGGAGGACAAUGGUCUAAAGCUCACGACUUUCAAGGCCAUUCCGCCAAUUAACCAGAAGAAUUACUACACAGAGUACUUGAAGCGCGACAGCCAGCUGCUUGUCAAUUUGCCUCGAAAGGGUGAGACGCCUGCUCCCGAAACGGCUAGCACCAAGGAUGAGCCAUUAGACGACGAUGAAGAGAUGACCAAGACGAUUGUGAUCCACCCAGGCUCGCAGAACCUACGUCUUGGCCUCGCGACAUCGUUCGCUCCGGUGGUUGUGCCUAUGGCUUAUGCACGACGCAUCGAUGAAGGCAAGACGGAGCUUGAUUCAGAGCUGGAUCCUACCCAAGAAGAGUAUGAAGCGUCGUAUGCGAAGGUGCGACAGGACUUUAAAGAGCGCAUGAAGUUUUACAAGCGUCGCAUUGUUGGAAAUGGUGAUGACAUUGUGCGCAGUUUUAAUGGGCGCCAGGAAGGUGAAAAGCAGCUGGAUGAAGACAAAUCAUGGACUACGGAUCAAAAAUUAGUGUUUGGUAGCCAGGCAUUGGAACUCGAUGAUACAUAUGAGGUUGUCUGGCCCCUGCUUAACGGCGAGUUGAACGAGGGAGAGUACCGUUCUCCUGAAGAGCUUCGUACAGACCUUUAUCGUAUUAUCAAUGCUGCGGUCGAAAAUAAUCUGGAGAUACCUGCUUCUCAAUUCAAACAAUACUCUGUGGUACUUUUGAUCCCCGACUUAUACGAUCGAAAUUACGUUGAGGUGUUUGUUGAACUACUGACUGGUGAAAUGGGAUUUACCAAGAUCUCUCUGUUACAGGAGUCGGUUGCCGCCACGUUUGGUGCUGGUAUUUCAAGUGCUUGCAUUGUGGACGUCGGUGCUCAGACCACUAAAGUCACCUGUGUCGACGAGGGCAUGGCUAUCGCUGAUUCCCGGGUCAAUUUGAAAUUCGGGGGCAAAGAUAUCACAAAAACACUGGCCAGAAUGCUGUCGGACCACCAGUUCCCCCACCACGUCUAUCUGUCCAAGAUGUGGGACUUUAAUCUUAUCGAAUGGAUCAAGCAAAAAUACUGCACUUGCAAUGAUGCCGAAAUGGCCGUUCAGCUUUAUUCAUUCUACAGCCGCCAGCCAAACCAGCCAACUCUCAAAUACAACUUCAAGACCUUUGAUGAGGUUAUGUUGCCAAUUUUAGGCUUGUUUUAUCCAGAGCUGUUUGGCCAUCGUCAUAAGCUGGAAGGUCGUCGCAAGCUAUUUCCCGUGCCUGAAAAUAUAUAUGACGGUACACCAGCGAACCCUAUUUCCGAUGCAAUGAUCAACAUUUCUCUUAAAACGUUGGCGGUUUUCGGUGAAAGGUACCAGGAAAAGAUUGCCCGUGAGCUUGCUGAAAAAGAGGCCACCGCAGACGUCAAAAAGGAGGAAACGGCAGAUAUCAAAGAGGACACGGUCGGAAUUGACGAUACUGCAUCUAUCGCCAAUUCGGCAUCGAGAUCAGGUACCCCUGCCGCAGAAACGGGUCAAGCAAAAGCGGCCGCUCUCAAGGCCAUGAUCCAACAACAAGUCAAAACUCAAAUGGAAGUCUUCCAGGCAAUUGACCCGCAAAAAGUUUUGCUGGCGCCAUUGGACCAUGCAAUCAUUGAAUCUAUUGCCCAGGCUGCCGCUCGCACAGGAACCGCGCCGGCUACGUACUAUGAGAAUAUUAUGGUAAUUGGCGGUGGAGCGAACUUCCCAGGCUUCCACGUGCUUCUAACCGACCGACUCUCUAUGUGGAAUCAAAAGAAAGAUGUGGGAGAUAUUGCAGUGAUGGCAAUGCCUCGUGAAAUGGAGCCCGAUAACGUGGUUUGGAAAGGCGGCAGCGUUUUCGCAAAACUGAAAAUUAUCGACGAACUAUGGGUCACACUUGACGACUGGCAAAUACUAGGGUCCCGAGUGCUCCAAUACAAAACGCUAUUUGCCUAUUGA